AUGGAGCACGAAAGGCCGAGUGCGCCCCAAGCGACGGAAAGCAAUGGCGGCAACGAGGUGGCAGAGAGCACCGGCACGAUCAUGCAGCGUGAACCAGAUCCACUCGAUGCAUUCAUGUCUGGGAUGGAAGCCCAGUUGAGUCAGGAUAUGCAGAAGAGCAUGAAAGCCACGAAAUACCGGCACAUGCCGCAGAAGGGUUGGUCUUUCCAACAGCAGGCUGGUUGCGCCACCACCGACUACUGCUGGGGCUACAAGUGGAUGUGGCCCUUAGAGGUCAGCUUGUUUCUGCGACAGGAACGGAAGAUUGAACAUGGGACUGCAGAUCCUGAGACCACCGCAUCCGAUGAGGAUGAAGAUUUUGAUUACGGCGCAGGGGUCGUGAACGAGACCGUGAACGAAGUCGUAGCCGUGACCUUGCCCCUGGCCCUGGCUCCGUCUCUUCUGCUCCAGGUGGUGCCUCGCUCCGCGAAAGUCCUAGAUCUGGGCUGCGGAAACGCCAAGCUGGCGGAGGAAUCCGAGAUGUACGACGAUGGCUUCGAGAACAUCACGGCCCUCGACAUAUCCGAGGUUGCUAUUGAGUCGAUGCGCCAAAGAAACUCCGAGGCGCGCCCGCGCAUUGACUGGGUCGUUGGAGAUGCCUUUGAUCUGCAGUUGGAGGACCAGAGCUUCGAUCUGGUCAUUGACAAGAGCACGACGGACGCGGUGUCCUGCGAUGCGGACCACAUUCAUGAGAAUAUGACACGGAUGUACGGCGAGGUCUUCCGAGUGCUGAAGCCAGGAGGCACCUUCCUGGUGUUCAGUUCGGUGGUUGAUGUUCCGCAGGCCGCCUUGCAACUGCCACAUUUGUCCUUCGACGUCACAGAGAAGGAGAUCUACCGACCCUUCUCCAAGCUCUUUGCGUUCUCCGCGCGAAAGUGCGCGGAAGCGCCCAGGGCAUCGACUGAGGAGGCCUUGCAGCAGAGCCGCGUCGUCGAUCAGCGCAUGGUGCAGGAGCGGCAGCGCUUGAAGAUGGCUCGCGACGCACAGGCGGCAGCAGACGAGGAUGCCUGGGUCGCCGCCGCGCAGGUCGACCCAAAGUGGAAGUCGCGCGGGCAGACGGCGCUGUACUUUGCCGCUGCACGGCAGGACGCAAUCGAAGCUGAGAAAAUUUGUCGAUUCCUGAUGAGUCGAAUGCGCGUGCCGGCAACAAAGAGGGAUGACUGGGGCCAAAGCCCUCUGUUCUUCGCAGCUAGACAAGGACACACGGCGCUUUGUGCGUACUUCGUUGAGAAGUUGGGCAUGAAUGUCCAUCAAGUGGACAGGUGGGGGGAAACCCCCAUGUUUUAUGCGAUGGAAGCCAAGAAGACCGAGACGGUCAUAUACCUGCUGAAGAAGGGUGCGUCGCUCGGGGUGAACAACCACAACUUCGAGUCGCCAGAGAGCCUUGCACCGGUGGAGGUGGCUCGCGAGCUGCAGGUCCGGAUGAAGGAGUGGGCCGAGCCCUCAAAGGCUCCGGAGCGGUCGGGAGACACAAAGAAGAGAAAGAGGCCGGAUGAGGAGGAGGUUGAGGAGCAAGGAUCAGCCGCAGAGGGACCCCGUGCGCUGCAGGAAUGGGCGGCAAAGCCCGCGAAGUUGCCGCGGAACUGGAAGACCCAGUUGGCUCGGGAGAAGCUCAAAGGAGAGCCAAAAGUCAUCGCUGACACGUUUACACACAAGGUGACACUGGUGACCAGCGACGCCCUGGAGGAGGUCCGCCUGCUGGAAAAGACGCUCGUGGCGGACCAGGCUGUCCUGUUCAAGAAGAAGCUGUUCGUCCGGGCGUGCAGGGCGGCCGACUUCUGCUUAGCACUGGGAGCCUAUGAGAAGGAUGGCCAGUUUUUUGCUGAAUACUCUCACAUUGUCGCGAAUCGCGGCAAAGUUGGCUCUCUCGUGCUGGCGGCUUGGCUAAUCCCUAACCCUAAACCCUGGACCGUACACGCGCCAAACCUUGAGGUGGCUCGGGACAAAAUGACCGGGCGCAUCGUAGGCUUCGUCCAUGCGGAAAAGGGCAAAAAAGAGCUGCUGAUUGGCCAUCUCAAGGCGACGUGUUUCAGACUUUGGGCUUCGGGCCCGGGUAUCAGGGCUUGGGGUUUCGGGUUUCAGGUUUCGGGGUUUGGCUUUCGGAUUAGAAUAAUGAUCCUACGAAGGGUUCCAUAA